GCUUAAAGGGAGCGAGGAUGCGUGUUUCCCACACACCCACACACGCCCGCACCCCUCCCGCCCACCAGGAAACAACAUCUGUUAGGAAUGACAGCUCCUUGUUUUGAGCCCUUUGUUUGCAACUGUCUCCCGCUGCUGAAAGCUCAUCCAGCACUCGUUUUCGGAAGACCGGUCUCCCCUCUGGCCGUAUCUCCCUUUUCCAAGCUAUUUCUCCGCCCUAAACUUUGCAAACUCCGCAGCUUUACGGCAACCUUCACACACACACCCCACUUCCACCUACACAGACAACACUAGAGAGUCUACUGUGCACCCUAACCCUGGACGGGACAAGUGUGUGAAAUAAUUCCCAUCCCCAUUAAAAAGAUUUCCCGGGAAGUAGUUCUUGGAUUUCCUUGGGCAAACGCAUCAGAAGGGACUCGUCCCCCCCCCCCACACACACACUCCACCCACCCAAGGGGGACAGUUGCGGAGGCCGGCCUAUCGCCCGCCCCGGAGCCGGCAGAAGCGGCGGAUCGUCCCCUUCCACCUCUCCCUCCUCUCGCCGGUGGGUCUGGGAACUCGUUCGCAUGGCAGUCACGUCCGGCAGUGGGAGCGUCGCUGGGGCUUCAUCGAGUGAUGAGAGAACAGACGUCAAAACGGCCUUAUGAAUAUUGAUGCGGAGGCAAGGCUGCUUUCGCAAAGGAGCAGAAGGAAGCAAGAUGGCUGCCCUUUAGGAUUGGAUCGAAGGCAGACCAGAUUGCUUUGGCUGGAGUCGGCGAGGCGGAGGGACUGCCGAAGGAGAUCCAGUAAGAGGAUAACCUUGUGGAUGGCCCUUGAGUAAGCCAGAUGGAACAGGAUAGAACUAAUCAUGAUGAAGGCAAUAGUUUAAAUCCUUUUUUAAUUCCACAUCCUUCUCGUGUUUGCCAAGCAGAGCCUUUGUCAGUGAAGCUGCAUAAUGGAAACACAACAGCGGGAAAGAUCUACAAUGAACUGAAUGGUAACCCUAUGUGGCUGCAUGGGAAGGCCAGCUAUGGAAUGAAGCAUCCUGCAAAAAGGAAUGAGAGUAAUCGAAUAAGCCCUGAUCUUCUUCAGCAAAAGAAACAUUGCAGCCGGUAUUUGCCAAAUGGUGGGAUAAAACGCACUUUUAGUGAGCCUUCUUUGUACGGACUUCACCUGAACAAGAAGCUUAAACAAGAUGAAGAAGUAAAAACAGGGCAAGAUAGCUCAUUCGCUGUCAGCAACCAAGCAGGUGCUUCUAAUUUGUGCAGUGAGAAGAGUGUUGUGGGUUUUGGAACAGAACAAAGUACAGCUUCAUUUCUUAUACAGUCUUUAAGAUGCAACUCUGGUGCUUCAGAAACUCCUCCAGCUCCCCAGAUUCAGAAUGAACAAGGGGAUGAAAAUAGCAACUGCCACAACAGGGACAUUGACAUGGCAUAUAAGAACAAGGCAGCUCCAAUGCCUAACGGUGCUAUAGUUUCUGCCUCUUCCAUGGGAAACAUGCAUGGUAAAUUCCUGGAAAAAACGUCGUCUCAGUAUAAUCCAGAACAUGUUUUCAGUGGAACGCAGACAACUACGUCUUUUACAAAUGCCAUAAACACUCGGGCUAUUAAUGUGUUGACAUGUGGCACAUCACAUUUACUGCAUACCUCAGGGCAGAUAAGUUCCGCUCAAACCUCAAACUCUGAGCUGCCUCAGGUGCUAGCUUCUGUAGCUACUGAAGUCCACAGUAUAGAAAACUCCACUAAAGGAUCCAUCAUACAAGCAAGCUCCAAUUUUCAUCAUCCAGAAGUAAUGAACUCAGAGCAGCAAAAGUCAGAAAAUACCUACCAGCCACCUACAAACAGCCGUGUAGUUUCAGAAAACACAGGGCAGGUCCCCAGUCAGGAUUUCUCACUCAAUCCUUUCAACAAUCUGAAGACUCAUGAUAGUAGCUCAGAGAUUUUGUCACAACCAGGAGAAGAAACCGAUGCUUCCUUCCAACAAGAUUCCAUGUUCAGGAAUGAUUCUUUUAAUCUACCCCCUAUUGCAUCUUCUCCUGGGCAGGAAAUAAACAGUGAGGCUUCAGAAGAUCCUAGAAAUAUUUACAAUCUAAUAGAAAAAAAUAACAGAGGGCAACCACAUCAUCAGGGAGAACAUACAAAAAAAAAUUCUGGCUUUUGCCAACAAACUCCCAGUUCUCAACAGGGUCAUGAAUACAAGAUUCAGGUUUCACAAGCAACUGGGAGUGAAACAGAUGUCAAUCUCAGUACAGUGAUAUUGGGAAUAAAGCAGCAAGAUCCUAGUGAAAUUCAGUCCAAACUGGAGUCUAAAAUUCAGGAUCCACAAAGAUUAAGAACCAGUAAAGAACUGCAACAUUUUCCACAUCUUCUGAGCCAGAUUAAUCAGCAGACUACUCUUGAUAAUGACAAAGAUCUGGUGAAAAAUCACUUAGAGCAGUCACAAAUCCGCUCACAAGCUUCUUGGAUGAGAAUGAGUUCCCCUCCCUUUAACCCCAGUGAUUCUUCCCCAAAAUCAAAUGAAAAUCUUUUGAGGACCAUGCUUCAACUCCAGGCAAAUUCACCUGAGCAGACACAUCCAAAACAAUAUAUUAGAGGUUCCAAUGAAUCAAAAGGAGUCAUAGGGCAAUCUUGCUACCAGAACAUUAUACAGGGUGAGCAAGUACCAGCACUAUUCAAAAGUGAAGGAGCACAACCAUCUCAUCAUUUUACUCCUGAUUUGCAAAUCCCAUUCCAAAAACACUCACCACAAUCCAAAAAGAUGAAUGAUCAGCAGCAAAAUUCAAGGCACUUUAAUCUUCAACCACAAUCUCAACUCCACCUUGAACAGACUUUGGAGGCACAGUUAAAGCCUCAGCACUUAGAUCUUCCAUUUGAAGAUGACCAAUUCAUACAUUCACAAAUUUUGCCUCCAAUACUCCAGACACAGCCAAUACAACCACCACAGAAUUCACAAGUAACAAUGAACUCCACACAACAAAUAAAAACCACAAAAUUGCCACAAAUCUUUCCCCGGUCAAGCAACAGCCAAGAACAGCAAGGGGAAAGAACAUCCUUAAAUCACCUAAAAUUAGAAGAGUGCUUUGAAGAAGCAAGUAAUUACUUCAAAUCAGUUGAGUUCCCAGUACAAGUUCCCCAGACCAGAGUGGACCAUAUUUCAAAUACAGUCAACAAAAACUCCCAUUAUAAUCAGACAAAUGAUGUAAUGAAGCAUUCCUGCUCAAACAUGCACUUGGUUUCUGAGAAAAAGGAAGAUCCCAUAAACACAGACCUCUUAACUCAAAAUAUGUCUCGCAACUUGCAGCACAUGCAAUAUUAUCCAAAUAGUAUAACUCCUAAACAAGAUCUGCCCCAGGGCUUUCAGGAACAAAACCCUCCAUCUCCACCAACUUCAUUUCUACAGCUGCCCUUCCAGCAAACACAAGAAUACUGUAACAUGACUACCAACAUGAAUAGCUCACAAGCUAAUCAGAUUCAGCAAAGUUACUCAUCCUACAAUCAGCAAGCAGAUCAGAGUCAUGGCCACUGUCCUCCCUCCCAACCUCACAAAGAUUUUCAAAAGCAUGCUGCUAUUAGAUGGCAUAUCUUGAAUAAACAAGCUAACCAAAAUAAAUCUGAGUCAUGUCAAGCUAUGGGCUUCAAAUCUAUCAAAACUGAAACUGGCUCAAAGGUGAAUGCUUGCCUUCCUACACAGGUUGGACAGUUGGAAACCAAACCAUGGAAGAAAGCAAUUAAACAAGAGGUUCAGCACUUUGGAUGUGAGAACAUGCAACAAAGGAGUAUCAUUGAAACCAUGGAGCAGCAGUUGAAACAGAUUCAGGUCAAAACACCCUUUGAUCACAAGUCUCUUACUAUCAAAUCACCCAAACAUGUCAAAAUUGAGGCUGCGGGACCCAUUACAGUUCUGACAAGGAAUUUUAAUGGUGCAGAUUUCAACAGCCAUGCGGUCUCUUUAGAACAACAACCCAUUCAUUCUAACGAAAGAACACCAACCAAAAGAAGUGCUGGAACAGCCCUCAAUAAUUUCUUGGAAUCACCUUCUUCGUUACUAGAUACACCUUUAAAAAACUUGCUGGAUACACCAGUCAAAACUCAGUAUGAUUUUCCUUCAUGUAGCUGUGUGGAACAGAUAAUUGAAAAAGACGAGGGCCCUUUCUAUACUCACCUUGGAGCUGGUCCUAAUGUUGCUGCUAUUAGAGAAAUAAUGGAAGAAAGAUAUGGACAAAAAGGCAAAGCCAUCAGAAUAGAGAAAAUUGUCUACACAGGAAAAGAAGGCAGAAGUGCUCAAGGCUGCCCUAUAGCUAAAUGGGUGAUUCGUCGAAAUGGAACUGAAGAAAAACUUCUUUGUUUAGUGCGAGAACGUGCAGGCCACCACUGUGAAACAGCUGUGUUAGUUGUACUUAUCUUGGUGUGGGAAGGAAUACCUCAGAGCCUAGCAGACAAGCUGUACUCUGAAUUGUCUGACACUUUAAUGAAGUACGGGACACUCACAAAUCGGCGGUGUGCACUCAAUGAAGAACGAACCUGUGCAUGCCAAGGAUUAGACCCUGAAUCUUGUGGUGCUUCUUUUUCUUUUGGUUGUUCAUGGAGUAUGUACUAUAAUGGUUGCAAAUUUGCCAGAAGCAAGAUCCCAAGAAAGUUUAAACUAUUAGGUGACGAUCCAAAAGAGGAAGAAAAACUAGAAUCCAAUCUGCAAACUUUGUCAACUCUGAUGGCACCCACUUACAAGAAACUGGCACCUGAUGCCUAUAACAACCAGAUUGAAUAUGAACACAGAGCUCCUGAAUGUCGCCUGGGUUUAAAAGAAGGUCGUCCAUUCUCAGGGGUCACUGCCUGCCUGGAUUUUUGCGCUCAUGCUCAUAGAGACCUACACAAUAUGCAGAAUGGUAGUACAUUGGUCUGCACACUAACCAGAGAAGACAAUCGUGAAAUUGGCCAAACACCAGAAGAUGAACAAUUGCAUGUGCUACCCUUGUAUAAAAUAUCCAAUGUAGAUGAGUUUGGAAGCGCCGAAGGUCAGGAAGAAAAAAAGCGAAAUGGUAGCAUCCAGGUUCUUAGUUCUUUUCGACGAAAAGUAAGGAUGCUGGCUGAACCUGUAAAAACCUGUCGGCAAAAAAAGUUGGAAGCCAAGAAAGCAGCAACAGAGAAGCUGGCCUCCAUGGAAAAUGGGACUAACAAACAUGAGAGAGAAAAACCAGCCUCAGCACGUCAAAAGCAGGUCAAUGCAGAAGCAUCAGCUCAUAGCAAGCAAUUAGCAGAUCUUUUGCAUCUUUCAGGAUCAGCUGUGUCUCAACAGCAACUUUACCAACAUCCAUGCCAGGCUCUCCCUUCUAAACCUCAGUCAAAUCAUGGCAAUUUAUACUCUGCUUCUGAUCCUACCAAUCUCUAUAUGAGUCUGUCUAAUCCAGCUAAUCCAUAUUCAAACUCUACACUUCCUUCCAAUCCUUAUGGAGGAUCCAAUCCAAUGAAUAUCUACCAAACUUCAUCACAACCUACAGGAACUUAUUUGAAUUCUUCCAAUCUCAUAAAUCCCUAUUCUAUUCAUUUAGGUCAAAAUAACCAGUAUCCUCAUUAUCCAUGCAAUGGAAGCUUAUCAAUAGACAAUUGUUCUUAUUACAAUUCCUAUUCUGCUCAGACUCAGCAUAUGGACUUGUUUAGGUAUCAGAGCCAAGAUUCUCUGUCUAAACUAAGUCUACCUCCAAUACAUACGUUGUAUCAGCAUAGGAUUGCAAAUAAUCAGGACUUUGGGCACAGGUACUUGAAUUAUGGAAACCAAAAUGUGCCAGUAGAUGCUUUCAACAAAUGCACCUUUAGACCAAAUGUUCAUCAUGCAGGUUCUUUCCCAACUUACGCCCAGCAUGAGACUGAUAACCCUUUUAUGGACAUCACCUCCAGGCUGAAAUCUAAUCUAAAUAACCCAGGUGUGGACUUCAUGAAUAAAAAUGGUGAUCAUCUGUAUCCCCCAGCACACCUUGCCCAUGACUAUCAUAGCAUGUUCAAUGGCUCUUCUCAUUCACUCCAUCUCCAGAACAAGAAUAGUCAGGCAGCUAAUGGGCUGUCAAACCUCUUUCCAGAUUUUAACCAUAACAGAACUGCUUCCGAAGUAGGUGCAAAUAAAACAGAGGUGCUCAAUGCAGAGGAUCCUGAUGAUGUCUGGUCAGACAAUGAGCAGAGUUUUCUGGAUCCAGAAAUAGGUGGUGUUGCAGUGGCACCAUCCCAUGGAUCAAUCCUCAUAGAGUGUGCUAAACGUGAACUCCACGCUACAACCCCAUUGAAAAAUCCUAACAGGAAUCACCCUACAAGGAUAUCACUUGUCUUCUACCAACAUAAAAGUAUGAAUGAGCCAAAGCAUGGUCUGGCUUUGUGGGAGGCAAAAAUGGCUGAGAAGGCAAGAGAAAAAGAAGAGGACUGUGAGAAGUAUGGUCCAGAUUAUGUGCCUCAGAAAGUACAUGGCAAAAAAGUAAAACGGGAGCCUGCUGAAUUAAACGAGAACCUGGAACCAACCUAUUUUAGAUUUAUCAGGUCCCUUGCACAAAGGACGAUGUCUCUUACCACAAAUUCCACAGUAACUACAUCUCCAUAUGCCUUUACACGGGUUACAGGGCCUUAUAACAGAUAUAUAUAAAAGUCACCUUUGUUUAUUACCUCAUAAUUAUUCCCUUAGAUUAGAUUAGAUAGAGUCAGAGCAAGAUACAGUAUUUUUUUUCACUUGUCCUUGAGGAAAUCUUCUCCAUCCCAGCAAAAUAAAUAAUUUUACCACUGCAUAUAUUUGGAGAGCUGUCACAAGUAACAAUUCGAAACUAAAACCAAAGUAUCCUAUGCAAAAAUUAAGAAGACAUAACAACCAACUGGGACUGAAAUACUGCUAUUACUACUGGUAAAAAUAAAGACCAUAAUUUUAAAAAAUGAACAUCUGUAACCAUUUUGCUCAAGAGCAGAUGAAACAAGAAAGAGUUUUUGUUUUUAAUGGUGAAAAACUCUGUAGUAUUUCUUCUGCAGAAAAUUGAAGAUUCUGCUAGGUGCUCAACUGAUGCUAUACUGAAAUGCUUACUGGAAAUGUAGUUUUUAUCAUGGAACAUUUUGUUUGUUUUUUGUUUGGCUUUUGUUUUGGCUACAAUUUUAAUAUAAAUUAAUAUUAAUCAGGAUAGCUAUGCUUACAACAAAAGCACUGAAUUUGUUUUGGCUAUUCUAAAACAUGGUGCUAUAUACAAAAAUGGUGUCUACUGCAGCAUUUAGACAAGUUUUAAUGUCUUUUAUUAGCACUAGGUAGGAUAAAAAUAGAUCCUGCUCUCCUUAAUCCAUAAACAAAACCUUUACAUUUAUGUUGACAUCCGGUUUUUUAAAAAAUCAGCUACAACUCAUUGUUUAAAGCAUGGGUGUCCAACCAAUAAGCUAUGGGUUGGACACCCUUGUUUUAAAGCAUGGAAAUCUGGAUGAAACAAGGGCAAGAUCCAACAAAGCUAUCAUAUAAGCACUGCAGGUAGAAUGUGCCAGCUAGAAUAAUGAAAGCAAAAAGGCACCUUUUUAAACUAAGAAAACCUCGCCUAUUCAGGCCCAAAAGAAUUAAUCCUCACACUUCAAUGGUUGAAUAGUGGAACCAAGGGUAUCUUUCAAACAAACAAAGCUUAACCAUGGAUUAGUACUGGGGUAUGUAUCCAUUUUGGUUUAUCUACAGGAACAGUUGAAAUGUUAGGAUCAUGUGUUUGGCAUCCCAUGUUCUGUAGGUGCUAUAGAAUGUUUAUCUAUUUACAAAAUGCAACAUAAUUAAUUAACUUUAACAAAAAAGCUUCAGAUGACACAGUAAGUCUGGGUACGAUCAAGCUUUAUUUUGCCUGUUUCUGAUUUAGUUUUAUGUGAAUUAAUGAAAAUAAGCACAAGGAGGUUGGAAGAAUUUCAUGUCUUUUUAUCUUCUAGUUAAAUCAGUUCUAGUUUAUCAUGUCUAAAUAUAGGAGACCAUAGUUACAUUAAACCAUGAUUUGCUAAUAACUCAGAACUGGACCACAUUUUAUGAGCUGGGUUGAAAAGCUAUAUUUUAGGCACACUAGAAUUUCAUAAAAUGGAAUGCAAUUAUCCCUGAUUAAAUAUGUUGAAUACAUACUUCUAGUCUUCCUGUGGCAAGUUAUCCUAGUCAGUCAACUAAUCAGCUCGCCAGUCUAGGUCUACAUAUUUUCCUUAUUCUUUCAAAUGAUCAACCACAGUAAGAAUUUGUGUCUGAGUACAUGGUCUAUUUUUCCCAGCUCAAUUAAGAUUUUUUUUAAUAUAGCAAGUAUUACUAGCAAAUAAUAUUCUUUUUCAAGAUUAAUUCAGCUGGGACAUGAAUCAAAGCCUCUUGGUAACCAUAACAAGAUAAUGCUAAUGACUGCUACUUAUUUAAAAAGAGAUCCUUUCCCAUUCUGGGCUAACAUUUUGAGAAAUAUUUUCCUGGUGACUUAAUACCCCACAGAAUUGUAAAUCAGAAAAGAAACUGGUCUUCUUUUGUUUGGAUAAAGCUAUUGAAGAUAACCGUUUUAUCUUGAUUAUCAGGAAAAUGCAAAUAAGGCUUUCAUGCUGCAGCCCUCAAUUCUCAUUCUGCUACUUCUCCAUGCUAAAUAAGCUUUGUUGGAUCUCACCAGAAUUCAUUUCAUUUGGCAAAGAUCUGAUUAGGAGCAGCAAACAAUAGAAAAAUAUUUUGUGAAUGGUGCUUGAAAAGCUCUUUAGGUGGUGGUGUGGUGUUGCCACUGAAAACUAUUAUCUGGGUGCUAAAACUUUCCAGACAUUUACUGUAACAUUAAAAGAAACUUAUUUGAAUAAAUGUAUUUAGUAUAUACAUAUUAAAUUCAAUAUUACCCAGUAUCACUGGGAGUCAGGUAGCACAUACAUUUAAUAACUUAUUGUUACAAUGAUUAUUAAGAGUAAUCUGCAGUUAGAAUCAUAGUCUAAGAUUGGUGAAAACUUAUUAAUUCAAGACUUAAUGAAGAACUUAAGAAUUAUUAAGAUAAUACCUUAAGGAUGGAGCCAGUUUCAAGCAAGGUGGCUUUCUGUAAAAUUAAGAUAUUCAGGUUCAAUAAAUUCAAGGUUUCCAAAUAUUCAGUAAAUCCUUUAGAUAGGGCUGCAACGGCUCCAAUCAAGAUUGUUAUAACAGCGGAUUUCUUGUUCCAUAAAUGUUCAACUUCUACAAGCGUUCAAAAAAUUAUUAUUGUUGUUAUUCAAAUCUUUUGAUCUUUGGGGCAAAUUUAUAUAAGAUGAAAAGGGGAGAAGAUAUUUGUAACUGCAAACAGCAGGAGAAAGUUUUAAAGCCAAUUAUAGACACAAACUGAAACCAUUUCUCAAACACUCACUAAAAGAACAGAGAAAGAAUAAAUCUUUUAUUUACUCUGUUCAACCAGAGGUAACGGGAUUUUUAAAAAAUACAAGCUUCGUGUUUUGGUGCUCGUCUCACACAGGUAUAUUGUAAAUAUUAAUUUUAACUAUUUUAAUGAGAAGCUCUUUCCUGAAAUAGUACACAUUUUAAGUUUUUAAUAUAUAUAUAUGUCACAGACAAAAACGUGCUAAACUUGACCAUUUCAUCAUGAUUUUGAGCUAUUUUUUAAGGAUUCAUAGCAUUCUACAGAUGAUGGUUACUGCUUUAUUUAAUCAUGGAUUAUUUAUGUUAUGGUAUAUGGCACUGCUCAGUGUAAUGUGCCCAUAUUUUCUAGGAAAUGUUGAGAAGAGUCAACACAAAGAAAUACAGGGUUGUACUGUAGGAAGUUAGGGGCUUGGGGAGAAUACAGUAGAGGCAGCUGGCUUGCUGUGAUGGUUUUUAAUUUGGUAGUUUGUAUAAAAGUAUAAGCAAAACAGAUGUAUAGUAACUUGUAAACAAUUUUAAAGCAAUGUUUUAGUAUUUUAAUAAUGUAUAAAUAUAUAAAUAUAUAUUAUAUAUCUAUAUAUAUAUAUCUAUAUAUGGAUUUGGAACUGAAUUCACAUCAUGGUGCUACUUGGCCUGUUCUCUAAAAAAAGUGUGCUAAAACUAUGUUCAAAUUAUGUUUGAAUGAUGUUCCUACUUGCCAUAUACCUCAACUUUACUUGGCAGUAGGAUUUUAAAUGGAGAUAUAUUAGAUAUCAUGUUCCCCUGAUUUUCUGCUUCGCUAAUAUUUGGGAAAAAGAAAUUCUCACUACUUGAUAGCAAGUGUAACUUGAAUUUUAACACAUAGUUUUGUUCUAAAAAUUCAGGGAUAUAUCCUCUCACAAUUUCCUUAGUAAGCCAAUGUAUCAUCUGUGUAUGUGUAUGUAAAAUUUUAUUGUACAGAUUGAUAAAUAUUAUUGUUGAACCCUUUUUUAAAAUUGUACUUUAUUUUUGAGAAUCUUAACUGUUUUUUAAUUCUGCUUCUAACUUUUACUUGUAAAUGUAUUGAUGGCAAAUUUUGCGGAGUAAAUCCAUUUCUUCUUUUUUAUGACAAUGGAAGUGCAUUUUUAAUAUUGUAAACUCUGUUUGAGGUUUCUUAUUUUACAUCCUCGCUCUUUGCAUGUUACAUAUAAAAUAAGUCAUAGAUUGCACUGAGCUGACAAGAGGACAAAAUAGGUAUUUGGCAGCUGACCAUUUGCAAGAAGGUUUUGCCUUUCCCAAAUUCUAUAAAUAUGUUUUCACCUGUGAUUGCUGUUUUAUUUUAUGGGCUUUCAAGCCAGAGUUUAAAGAACAGAGAGAUUCAUGGAGAAAAGACUGCAAGAAAAGACUACCAGCCAUGACAAUUGUAGACUAUCUUUAGAAUUGAAGGCAGCAUAUCUCUCAAUAUUAGUUGUUGAGACACAACAUUUGAGAAAGAAGUAUAGUAUUUGUAUUCUGUAUGCAAUAUUUUGCAUCCUGUUGGCUACUGUAAGAAAAGCAUGCAGGACUUGUUAACGUUUAGUCUAGCCCAGUUGGUCUUACAUUAGGCAUAGGCAUUUCUAAAGUAUGGCAGUGCAAUAUAUAUACAUACAUAAGAAUGUAAUUGUAUGUAAAGGCCCUGAUUCUGAAACAAGUUACUCGUAUUUUUUUCACUCACUAUCAAAGGUACAUGGGCAUACCAUAUCUGGGCUGCACAAAUCAGAAUAAUCGCUACAUGUCAGCAAGAGGUUUUCUGCCUGUCCUUGCUUCCAUUCAGUAAAUUAUUUUGUCAUCCAGACUUUUGCAACCCAGCUACAGCAUGCCUAAGGGAACCCAGUGCCCUUUGGAUAUUGCUGAGCUUCCACCUAAAGCAGUUGUAGAGCAGCAAAAUCUGGAGAUGUUCCUCACCCUUGUUUUACACAAUUAAUUUGCCAAUGAUAUCAGUGGAAUUAUCAAAUUGCAUCAAGAGUAACCUUUGCAGGACCAAUGCCUUCUCUUUGUUUUUUUCUUUGAGUUUUAUCUAAUUAUAAUUCUUAAUCAAGUAUGUCAUGAUCAAGCAUAUGCAGUGCUACAACUACAUGAAUCCACUGCUCUCACUUUAAAUAUAUUAAUUAUAUCUUACACAGUCACCCCAAACUGAAGCUCUGAGGUACAUGUACAGUAGAUGCCUUGGUAUGGGCAAGGGCUGUUACAUUUUGAAAUAAUGUCCAUGAGGAAACUUCCUUCCUUUGAAUAAACCAGAAUUCUCUCUUCACUGUUGUAUAAAUGUAUAAUGGAUUGGAAGACUUGUCUAUCAAGUUAAUUGAACUUUAAUUAUUUUUUACAUGGGUCUAUCUGACUUAAAGCAAUGUUGAUUAAAAUACAAACCCAAACAAUACAGGCAGUCCUUUAGUUAUCAACUGCUUUGUUUAGCAAUCAUUCAAAACUGCAAUGAUUGGUAAACAUCCUCCCAUUUACAGCCAUUGAAGCAUCCAUGCAAUAGGUGCUGUUCAGGUGCUUCAAAACCAGCAUGCAUUUCUGACUGUUGCAGCAUCCCACAGUCUCAUGAUUGUCAUUUGCGAGCUUCACAACUGACUUCCACCACUGCAUUUACAGAGAAUGUGGAAGUGAAGUUGCCAAGUCACAAUUACAAGAUGUCUCUCUGAACAACUACAACUAUUCACUUGGUUCUAAGUUGGCAUGGCAGCAUGGUUCUUAGUGACUGCAAUGCUUAGAGACAGAGUUGCCAGACCCAAUUGUCAUUGGUAAGCAAGGACACACCUCUAUAUGAUAGGCAGCUUUGCAAUUUUUCCUACCUUGUGCAAAACAAUUUAUGUACUCUUGUCACUGGUAGAUUCUACAUAAUUUCACGUUCAUCAUAAGUGGAAACACAUUGUGUAAUUUAGCAUCAUUUUCGGGAUGCAGUGGUCAACUCCAAGUAUAGUGCAACCUGUGCAUGCCCAAAGAUAUCUACAAGGGCAUCUUUGUGUCUUCCCUUGCCAAAUUGCUUACAAACAGAAGACAACUUCAUUGAGGAUGAGAUGUCAGGGUGAGGAGGAGAAAUGUAUCCUGUGAAUGAAAAUUGUGAUACUAAUGAAAACUUGCAUAAGAGUGAGACGGAAAGACAAAGCAAAUACAGCGUAGCUUGUAUAGGAUUAUCAGGUUGAUUAUAGCCAUACUUGAAAUGUUUCUGAGUGGUGUCAACUCUACUUGAAUGAUUGUUUUCUUCAACUUGAUUAAUGUGCAGCAGCAUUAAGGUUCACUGUUAAACAUAGUGGCUAUCUUUUAUAGAGAAACUCCCAACAGUUUGACACUAAGAUUAUUGACUUUUUUAUGUGUGCAUUUCUAAGUUUAUGUUCUGCUGUUUGGGUAUUUGUUUGGUUUACUCUCACUUAAAUUUUAUUUUGUCCAUUAAAAAUCUGAGAAUGGUUAUAAAUAUUGUAAGUAUUGUAAUGAAUGCAGGUUAUUUGAAAAGCUGUUUUAUUAUAUCAUUCCUGAUAAUGCUGAAAUGUGGGUGUUUUUAAUAAAAUUUAUAUUUAUUUAAUGCA